UGUGUUGUGUCGUCACGAGGCAGUGUGUCGUUAACACAAACAUGGACACAGCUGUCCCGUCCAUCACGUCCGGCCCGGUAGUCGAACAGCCGCUCUGCGCGCUAACCGUAAACCCAGCCGUGAUUUUGGAAGCCUGGAGGAAGGUAUUUCGCCUCUGACGCAGGUGUGUGUCCGCUCCGGAGGUUCCGUGUCCCCGGUGAGCAGCCCGACGUGUUCCCGCUCCACAAAGCAGUACGCCGGGAGGAACAGUGGCCAAGGCAGGUUCCGUGGACAUGUGGACCGCAUUACAGCAUGAAAUGCACAGUUAUUCGGGGCGUUACGGAAGAUGCUGCGUCAUUCAAAGAAGAAUGUUUUGGCAGUGGUGAUUCUCGUUGGAGUACUUUGCAUCCUUAACUUCCUAAUUGCUGGCCGCUUCAUUUCCCACGAAGCGGAUCCAGAGGAGUUAACUUUGCGAGCAGAGAGGUUGGUCAGUAAAGAGUCGUGGUUGGAGCAGGGAGAUUACCUGCCUCUCAAUGUGUCCUACCAGGUGCUUGCUGGAGCACCGCCUGCUCAACAGAGGUAUCUAUCCAUUGGAUUGUCCUCAGUGAAGAGGAAGAAGGGCAGCUAUCUAAUCCCCACUUUGAAGUCCCUCUUCUUUCAGUCAUCUCCUGAGGAGCGCUCCUCCAUGGUGGUGGUAGUGCUGCUAGCAGAUUUUGAUGUUACCUGGAGAGUGACUACAACAAGGGAGAUUAAAACUACAUUUGCUUUGGAGCUGGAACAGAGCCAGCUGGUGGUCCUCCAUGUCCCUCAGGAUCAAUACCCUUCUGUUACAGGCCUAAAGAGGAACUACAACGAUGCGCCGGAAAGGGUAUCCUUCCGCUCCAAGCAGAACCUGGAUUACUCAUUCCUCAUUCACUACAGUGCUAGUCUUGGCAGAUACUAUCUCCAGCUGGAAGACGACGUCUCCUCUGCAAAAUAUUUCCUCUCGACCAUCAGGAGGCACGUUGAGGAGCACGAGGCGAAGAAGACCACCUGGGCAAUGCUGGAAUUUUCAGUCCUCGGCUACAUUGGAAAACUAUACAAAUCUGCCCAUCUUCCUCUCCUGGCCCGCUUCCUCUUCCUCUUCUACCAGGAGAUGCCUUGCGACUGGUUAAUGUCUCGCUUCCGAGAGCUGCUCACACAAAAGGAGCAAAUUGUUUUCAAACCAUCACUGUUCCAACACAUUGGGACUUACUCCUCUUUCCAAGGGACAUACAACAAGCUAAAGGACAAGGACUUUGAGGAGGGGUUCUACACCAAUCCUUUAGCUGAGGUUUAUUCUGACAUGUCUACCUAUAAGAACCACCACCCCCAACUCGCCUGGGAGCCUGGUGAGGGGUUUUUCUGGGGCCGCUCCCCCGAAAAUGGAUCUUAUCUGACCGCAGUGUUCAAAGCCCCCACAGUGGUAACAGGGAUAUUUGUAGAAACCGGAUCAGAGGGCAAAGACGUCCUGGAGUCGGCUGAGGUGGAGAUUGGCCGUGACGUGAGGAGCACAAAGAAAGGGGAGAAAAGUUGUGAAGAGUUCUUGUCUGUGGGCACUUUGGAGAAUGGGAGGUUUGAGAAGCACGAAGUGGACAAAAAGGAUAGUUUUAGCUCCUCUUGUCUGAGGAUAAAAGUUUCAGCGGGGCAGAAGGAUUGGGUGAUUAUCAAGAAAAUCCGCAUCUCAACAAAGCCAAGUUUAAUUCCACACCAGCCCUAAAAAUGUUUUUUUUCCGGCCAGAUGAGUAAUUUAUUAUUUGACCUGCUUGAUGAUCAAUGCAAUCUGAACAUGUAACUUUUGUGCCUUGUUAAACAUUGUCAUUGACGUAGCAACAAUCAAGUGCCUAAUGAAAGCGUGUAAGGCUUCAGUCCAUAACAUGUUUGGUAUGUUGUGUAAUAACUUGAGAGUUUCAGUGAUAAAAAGUUCCUAUCAGCUACAAGCCAGGACCUCCAGGAGCUUGCUGUAUUGACAAUGUUUACACUGUCUGUGCACAUGACUGGUAUUGAGUGUGCAUAACUCCUGGAUACGGUGAGGGAAACUUGAUGCUCAUGGUAACUUUCCUCCUGAUAGGGUUAGGGAGCAUUGUGAAUCUUGGAAGGAUUGCCUAAACCGUGGCCUUGUUGCCCACCUGGAUAUCGUCAGAAGAUGGACGGAGCUGAUGAAACCAUUUUGGCUUCUGAACAGUGACAUGCCCCAUGCUAACCAAAAGAAGCAACUGUUGCUAUGUCAAUGGGAUUGCAACAUUGACACAAUGUUACCACACUGCCAGGUGACAGACAUUUCUCAUCUUUUUUGGGGGGGCAAAUGAGACCCAGGUAACUGAUAUGGUGCUAUAAAUAGCCUUAGCUGUGUUUAUCGGUCGUGGCAUUGUUGAAACCUGCUGUUGCGGCUUUACAAUGAGAUUGAGUCCUAGUUUGUUCUAUUCUUCUAAAUAAGCCCUUCAGCGCCAGGGGGCCAAGAGUCCGGCUGCAGAAAUCAUGUAUUUACUUUCCAAUCUUCAGGUUUACUAGCGAUUACUAACUCUCAGCGUUGUGCUGAUGUGUGGUGGUGUUGGGUGGAGCUCAGAUGCUCUCAGGUGAGUGCACAGGUGUGGAAUAUCUCGGUCAACACGAAGCCGUGUCACGCUCGUCGACCCUCCUAGCCAUCCUAACUGCUGGAGGUGUCCCUCUCAGUCCAGCCUUGCUCGGUCACGGCCCCAACCAUCUCCCUUUGCCCGUCAUUGGCACAGCACCAAUCCCACGGCUGUCUUCUAGAAUUACUGGGAGUAAGAAUUCUGGCACCCUCAAUCAGGGAAGUGAUGCUCCUCAUUGAACAGUCCACCCUUGUGCUUUUUUGGAGACUAACUGGGAUGCUGUGCACUUAAACACUGUGCUUUCAUUUUACUCUACGGUGUAAUCAAAUAGACACAAGUUUAGGGUACUUGUCUGGGAAUAGUUUGUCAUUGUGUUUGCAUUUUCCUUUGCUUGUGUUGCGAUAGAUGGGCAGAUAUAAGUUUUGCUUGUUGUUUUUAAUAUAAACCUCCGAUGACAGGAUGGAUUGGUUUGGUUACUGUGCCAACCUCUGCGGAUUCAUCUGUUUUUCCUUUCUCCUGUUUUAGUGGUCCUUAGGAAUAAAUGAAAUAAACACCAACUGGGGCCUAGACAGCUGCCCGGUCCUCUUGACAUGAGGAAGAAUCCACCCUUAAAUGUGUCACAGCCACCGUAGGCCUGCCGCAGUCAUCAGUUCACCACUCUGAAAGACCAGGAUUUGGUCUGUGGUGUGAUCCUAACCAUACGGCGUUGAAUGGGAUGAGAGACCUGGGCUUUGUCCCAAAGGCAGUGGGCGGUGUCAAGGUGCUGGUUAGUCACAAUGAACCCAUCAAUCAGGUCUGCUCUCAUGGGCUCAUCCCUCUAUGCAGACGUGGGGUCUAUGGAGUUGACCAAUUUUGUUGGUUGUGAUUUUCCAGUCAGUCUAACAUGUUCAUUUGUUCAUCAAUUUCCUACAAAACAUUCAUCUCUCCCAAGCAACCUGAGAAAGGUUUGAUAUGAGACAGCUCCCACUGUCCAUCUGGUCUAUCAGGUGAUUGGCCUCUUGGCUCCUUGUGUUUAGUUUCCUCAGUCCUAACUUUUAGGAUUGACGGCCCCUGAUGACCACCAGGAGCCAGCCAAUGAAAUGAAACCCUGUGGUGAGUCAUUGGUACAGCAAAUAAUCUAAAAUUGUAUUACACACAAUAAAGUCCAGGCCAUGAUGCUUGAAUGCUAUUCACAUUUAUGUCAUUAGAGUUGUUGUCAUGGUUGUUGGAGAAGCUCGUCAUCGGUGAAUGUACAAAUGUACGGUGCAGAGAUUACACUUUGUUCUAGAAGGUGUUGUAGUUUCCUUUUCCCAAUAAAUAAAUAAAAGCUCACAAAAUGCCAAUGGGAGAAAAUAAGUGUAUCUCAUUCAAAAUGGACAGAAACAAAACUAAGCCAAUGUCUUGGUCAUUCAGCAGCAUCUGUCUACUAAUUUACCAAUUUCACAGCAAAAGAUUUUCAAAUAUAGGCUCUACAGACUGUUUGGCCAUCGAGGGACAACAUAAGAUUGCAACCAUAA